GUUCCCAAGGCUGAAUCCCACAAGUCAAUGAAGAGUUAAAGCUAGGAAAUCUAACCCUCGUUUUAUCUGAGCCAAACCAGAACAGGGCUGGGAGGAAGGGAGGAGGGAUCAGGAGGGAGGGAGCGAGGAGGAGGGGAAACCUGGGACCCAGCUCGGCCCCCUCCCUCCGCCUUGGCUGGGUCCUGGUGCCAGCAGAGACUUAUUAUUACAGCGAUGGGCCAGGGAGCCAGAGGCAACCAGCAGCCUUGGGCCUGACUAAGCCGCUCAGCCUGGCCUUCAUGGUCGCCAUGGCGACAGCCUCCCUGACUCCCCAAUGGGCUGCCCUCUUGAUCCCACUCUUGGUGCUUGGGGUGCCCACUGAGGAGCCUGUACCUGAGACACCUUCCCCAGCCCCUGGGGGCUGCCAGCGAUGCUGCCAAGGAUCAGACUCCCUAGACCCUUCAGGGGCCAGUCCAUCUGCUGUCCCCUACGUGCUGCCCGAAGUGAGACCCUACAUCAACAUCACCAUCCUGAAGGGAGAUAAAGGAGACCGGGGUCCCCUUGGGAUGCCAGGGAAGAUGGGCAAGGAAGGCUCCCGAGGGGAACGAGGCCCUCUGGGCCCGAAAGGGGCCAAAGGCCAGGCAGGGAGCCCGGGGGAGCCAUGCAAGUCACAGUACUCGGCUUUCUCUGUUGGCCGCAAGAAGGCCCUGCACAGCACCGAGGACUAUCAGCCCUUGCUCUUUGACACGGUCUUCGUGAACCUGGACGGCCAAUUCGACAUGUUUUCUGGACACUUCUCCGCCCCCGUCUCCGGCAUCUACUACUUCAGCCUCAACGUCCACACCUGGAACUUCAAGGAGACCUACCUGCACCUGAUGCGCAAUGAGGAGCCCACCGUCAUCCUGUACGCACAGCCCAGUGACCGUAGCAUCAUGCAGAGUCAGAGCGUCCUGCUGCAGAUGGCCUCGGGUGACCGGGCCUGGGUGCGCCUCUUUAAGCACCAGCGAGAGAAUGCCAUCUACAGCGAUGAUGUGGACACCUACAUCACCUUCAGCGGCCACCUCAUCAAGCCAGGGGACGAGUGACCCCCUCCUUCCCCCCUCCCCUCCCCCAUCUUUACCCUCCCCAACUCUUCUUCCAUCUCUUCCACAUCUCCAACUAUGCCAUGAAAGGGGGAAUCAAGA